UAAAAUAGAAAUAGGGGCCUGGAAAAUGGCCGGCGACAGCGGCACGUACGAAGUGGUGACCGGCCGGUAUUUAAAGGACAGGGAUGAGCCGCCUUUCCCCGGCGCCGAGAGAGAGAGAAGAAGAGGCGGCGGCGGCGGCGGCGGCAGCGGGGAGCAGGGGAAGGGCGACGAAGAUGAGGAGGAAGAGGAGGAGGAGGAGGAAGAAGAAGAUUCUGGAAGGAAGCUCCUCGCCGCCUCCUCCUCCUCCUGGGCGGCCUCCGGCUACGAGCUGAUCGACGGCACCUGGUAUCGCAAGAGGCUGGAGAGAGGGGCGACCAGUUACACCGAGGUGCUGCUGGGCGCCGCCGACGAGCAGAGGCGGGCUGUCAUCGCCGCCUUCCACCAGCAGCCAGCCCCCGGGCACCGCCACUGCACCAUGGAGGAGACCUACAAAAAUGUUUCAGAGAACUACUGGUGGGAAGGAAUGUUUCCAGACAUCAGAGACUACGUCCAGGGAUGCAAUCAGUGUAAAGAUGGGAAAGCGCAUCCUCUAAUUUCAGAAGAAAAGCAUAUAACUCGUGAAUUGCCUACACACUGUACCAAAGUGCUUGAGAGAUUGAACAGUCAACGCUCUAAAGGCCUUUUUUGUGAUGUAACUUUGAUAGUGGAGAAAACAUCCUAUCCAGCUCAUCGUGCUGUGUUAGCAGCUGUUAGUGAAUACUUCCAGGAUCUGUUUUCAGAGAAAGGAUCUACUUCUAAUAAAAUUGUGGAUUUGAAAGGUUUCAGCAGCAAGAGUUUCCUUCCACUAUUGGAAUUUUCCUACACAUCUUCGUUGUCCCUAAAACCAGAUUAUUUUGCUGAGACAUCUGCUCUAGCCAGGCACCUGCGGAUUUGGGAAGUGGUUGAGAUGUGUGCAGCAUUGUACCAAUUGCAUGGAACAGGGAACAGUAAAGCACACAAGGCGGAAGGUAGCAAAGAAGAAAAAAAGGAAUUUCCUUCGUUUGAAGUUUUUAUUGAUCAUUCUUUAACUGGACCUAGACAGCAUGUUUCAGAUAUUUGCUAUAAGUUCGGUCAGUUAGAAGAUGGUACAACACAACAGAAACUGGAUGUUUUUACUGCAAAACCGCAUUCAGCAGUGAGUCAAGGAGAAACAAAAGUCUCAGAUUUUACUAUUAAACUUCAAGAAAUGCAGCCAAGACUUUUCAAAGACAAAGUGGUACCAGUACAUUCUGAAACUUCUGUCGAUAGCCUUGGAAUGGAGACAUUGGAAAGUCCUAGUAGACGAUUUAAAUUAUUAGGCUUUUAUGAUAAAACUCCAUCUAAAAUCCUCUCAAAAGUUAAAACACUUGUCCCACAAAGAUGUUCAUCUGCAAAUAAGGCAUUGAGUAAUAUUCCUAAUUCUUUAGACCUGAAAUUUGCUGGCAUGUCAAGAAAUGCUGGCCAUCAAAGAAAAUGCAGCUUUGAGAAAACUCCUGUAAAGUCUAAACCGCGUACAAGAAUGUCAAAGCAUUUGGAUCAUAACAUUGUAAGCACUCAGGACAACUCUGGUUGUAAAGGGGUGAGCACACUUCUCCGAUCACCUGUUAGACAAAUGACCACUGAAGAAGAACUUUAUUCUCCUAACACAACCGAGAAGUACAAACUGCUUAGCGUAUUAGGGUUGCGGAGAAAAACUUCUGUUACUGAUGGUGAAGAACAGGCUGGUUGGAAACAAAAAAGGAGACUUCGACAGGCUAAAAUAAAAAAUUAUUCACUGCUUACUGGAACAAAGAGAAGAAAAAUAGACAUUGCAAAAACUCAAUUGCAAGAAGACCAGGUUAAAGCAAAAGCACUUACCAACUGCUUUGUUGUCAUUGAAAAGAUUCUACCACCAGUACAGAAACAAAAAGGAGACAAUCAAAACUUAAACAAAAAAUUUCUUGCACUAAACAAACCUUCAAGUCAUAAAAAUAGUGUGUCUCAGGGUCAUACCAAAAAGAAAAUGGUUUGCAUUCCACCUAAAACACAAAUAAGUAAUCCUAAAACUCGAGGGCGAUUCAGUUGUCUUGACAAGAAAACCCAACAAGGAAAUAAAUGUACUAAAGGCAGUAGCAGGAGAAACGGUCCUUUAGCAAAAAAUUCACAACCGUGCAAAACAAAUCUCCAUAUUUCCACAAAAGUUCCAAAAAAUGGCGAAAAGCUUUCUGUCAUUUCUGCAGAGCAAAAAGCAGUGUUAUCAAAAUCUCAGGCAAGUGACAACAAGGAUACAGAAGGGAGCCCACUGACUAGAAGAAGCAGAAGGUGUGCCACUCAUAAAAGUGUAAAAAGUUCUUCCUUACUAGGAAGCACAACAUGUAAGGUGUCACCUUGCCUGACAGAUCAUGGGCAAAGUGGCAGACAGAAGACCAGACAGUCAUGUGAUUCAACUAUGAAUUGUAGAAAGUGUAAGUUAAUGAUGCAAAGUUGUCCAAAAAAUACUGCUCUUAGAAGAUGUGUAUCUAAAAGAACACUACCAAGGCAUUUUAUAUCAUUAGUGCAGACUGAGAAACCAAUUAAGUCAUUUUCUGAUGACACUUGUGUGGCUGUGUCAUCCAAAAGUAAAAUGGGACAAGUUCUAGAUGAAAAUCCUUUAAACCAGUUAUCUACAAAAACAUGGGUAGAUAAUGUUGGAAAGUAUGAAGGGAAAAAACUAGUUCCAAAUGUUUACCAAAAUACUCCUGGAGGAGGAGAUGAGCAGAAGGCAACAACUCAACUAGAUAGGAAGCCAAUAGGAAAUGACCAGCCUAUUUCAUCACACUUGAGGUCUAAACAAGAGACAAAGAAUCAAGAACAGUUAACUGCAUUCAAGGAUCCAGGGAAGCAGACUAGGACCUCUAUAAGUGAAGCACAGCAAACCAGAAGAAAAGUAAAAAACACCGGUUGUCGAUCUUUAGAUGCUGAAAACCAAAAUUUGGGUGCUUUUUUGCACAGUAUACCAACAGUUGGAAGUAUUCCUGUGCUGGGUAAAAGGAAACGCAUACCUACACAAAAACUGAUCGAAGCUGGAUUUUCGUUUGGAUUUUUUAUGUCUCCUCAACGUAAGGAAAAAACUAACAAGCUACCCCACCGAACUAACAGUAAACAAUUUGAUUUGUCUCCUAGUCGCACACUAAAGAGCAACCGUGCAGCUAAAGCAAAGGUGGUUGUGGAAGCAAAUUCUAAAAUGGCCAUUUCUGUCAAACGCACACCGGUCAAUAGAAGACUGAAUUGUUGCUCAACUGAACCUAGCUUUGGAAGAAAGUCAUCGUGCUCAGAAAUUUCAGAGAGGAUGAAAAGAAGUGCAGCAGCAAAGAUAAAGAAAUUUAAACCUGUUGGCUUGUAUGGAAAGAAGCUAAUAAAUUUGAACAUUAAGAGCACACUGGGGAAAAAAAAGGCAAGAUAUGCUCAUGUUAACACUAUAAAGAAAGAUAAACAACUGUCUACCUCGCAGAAGGCAAUAAAGUUGCAAAGAGUAACCAGUGCUAGUCUGAAGCUCAUAGACUCCACGGACCUACCAAAGAAUUUACGGGGAGCUGCAAAAAUCCUGAAGAAAAUACAGCCAAAAGUUAAUUCAACAUUAAAACUGACAACAAGAAGAGAAUCCGUUGCUGGACAAAAAGUGAAAAAGACCAAAGCUUCAGAAUCUCAUACCUGCUAUGAAUGUAGCACAACAUUCACAAAUUGUGACUCUCUGUUUGUGCACAGAGUGAAACACCUUAAGGGAAAAAACUGGCGGUGUCUGUUGUGUGAUAAAUCGUUCUUUCGCCAGAAGAAUAUCCAAGUUCAUCUUCGUUGUCAUAGUGAGAAGCUGUACAAAUGUAAACAAUGCAUUACAGAAUCAAAGAAAACAAAGUCAUUUCAGUCCAAGCGAUGAGAAUUACUCGAAUGGAGUAUGGGCCAGGAGUUCUAAUGGCAAUAGCUGUGAGCUGGAGACUGAAACUAAUUCAUUUUAAUACAUCCAAAUUUAUUCCACCAUUCAAAAAUACAGGAAUUAUGAGAAGAUGGGCUGAAUUUCAUGUACACCCUGGUGCUUACAUUUCCAUGAGUAGAUAAAAUUGAACCUCGAUCAACUUAAUCAUCCCUCAGUGAGCAAAACUGUUUGUGAAGCAAAAUACUCCCCCUCCCAAAAAAAAUUCAAGCCAUUUUAAAAUUAUGUACUUAACUCUUAGCGUGCUAUCUUCUGAAAGUAGGGUGAUCAAUUCCCAAAAAUGAAAUCUCAUUUGACUGUACUUACCUUGACUACAGCACUCUUUUUUUAACCCUGUGGUCAAGUUAAUCUGGGAUGGAUUAAAACUGUGCCUUUGCAAUUAAUUGUGUACAAUAUAAAAAAUAUGGUGGUUAGUAAAGUCCCUCAGUGGGCAUAAAACAAAAAUACAAAUGAUUUCUAUGCACUGGAGCUUGGAAACUAGUAAAUUGGUAGAAUAGGAAUUUUAUUUGGUGUUUAUCUGUGGUUAUAGUCAUGUACUUGCUGAUGUAACCAUUACUGCUACAAUGAAGCAAUUGUGCAAAACACUGUAAUGUUUUGUAGAUAACUGGAGAUAAUUACUGUUGUAAAUAUUGCAGAAAAAUGUAUGUUCAGUCUAUAUUUAAAAGAAUGUGGUUGCCCAAUCAACUGUCUACACUUAACUCCUAAAUAGUGAACAAUCUUAUUUCAUUCAUGCUAUAAAUUUAUAUUUAUGAAACUUAAUGUAUAACUGUAGUUUUCACUACUUGAAUAUUUUUAAGACAUGCCCUUGAUGUAAAUGAAACUGAUGCAUGUUUUGUCUCAAAUAGAAGUGUACCAGCUAUUUUUAAUAAGCGAACUUUUUGAAUUUUUGCAAAAGGGUGCUUACUGUUUUAAGCCGUGAACAGAAGUUUUAAACAGAAAAGGCCAGUUAAGGUUUUGGGAAGCUUUUUCAUUCAGUCUAACCAGUUCAGUAGUAUUCCCAGCCCUCUGAGCCUACGCGCAAGCACAUGUCCGUGUGCGCACACGCGCACACACACUUUCUCUCCCACUCAGGUUUUGUUCAGCUGGAUGCAUUUUAGAAAAUUCAUUAAGAUGCAAGUUCGAAUUUUUGUAACAUUUCCACCUGCAUAAUUUCUUACAAUUUUUUGGAAAGCAGAUUAGCAAUUUUUAAUAUUUUAAUUGAGAUUAAAAAUCAUUGCUUGUCCGGAACAAUCCCCUCAUCUCAGUGUCAUCUUGAUUUUUAAAGAUGUUGAAACUAGCUAGGAAACUUGAACCAUUUGUACUGAGGAACGGGGGUUAAUUCUAAAUAAAGUCUUUGCACCAUAUAAUAAAAACAAGAAAUGCUGGAAAUCCUCAACAGAUUAGGCAAUAUCUAUGAAGAGAGAGCUGAUGUUUCAACUGAUAAAAGGUCAUCUGGACCUGAAACGUCAAUUUUGUUUCUCUCCACAGAUGCUGCCCGACUUGCUUGCUGAGCAUUUCCAGCAUUUUUUGCUUUUAUUCCUGAUUUCUGACAUCUGCAGUGUUUUACUUUUGUAUUAAAGUAUUUGCACCAUUGCUCACUCAUGUGGGUCUAGUUUCCAGCCAGUUAUAUUAUCUUGAACAUCAUUUGCUGUGCCCCUUUUUGCAUUGUUCUAGUUUCUAAUUAGACCACACUCUAAAUCAACUUAUUUGCGCAACAGGCAGUCUUGUGAAGGGGGAAAUGAGAUUGAGCCUCAUAGAAAUUGGAUCUGUAUCAACAAUUUGUUUAAAAAUUGCCUCAGCUGAAGUUACAUUAAAUCAAAAUUAUUUUACAGUCUAUUUAGUUUGCUUUUAAAGCAAAUAAUGCAUUUUUAGCUUUUACUUUGUCAAGCUACGGGUAGCUGCUUAGACCAUUAAAAGGGGAUAGGAUGGCCUUUUAAUUUGAAAUCUUUAAUUCCAAUUGAUUGGAUUAAUUGAGCAAAAGAAAACUUAGUGGCAUAAGUUACUUUUUGGUUCCAAAGGCUAUAUUAGAAACCCUCCUGACAUCAUGUGUUGGUUGUACUUUAAGCUAAAUUUUAUUUGAAGGGAAAGUUACCUGAAUAGUCAAAACACAAAUGCUGAACAAAGUGACACAUGUGCUUUUUAACAUGAUAAAUAUACCUCCAGUUUAUCGUGUUUUUUUCUCCUUUAGUCUCAGGUUCAGUAUAUUCUGUUACAGGGCUUUAUAAUAAAAAAAAACCUUAAAUUUAAGCCACAAUUUAUGUAAAAAAAAUUGUUCUUAUUGUAACUGGUGUGUUCCUAAUGCACUCUGCUUUCUUUUAACCGUUUUUUCUGGGAAUAAUGAGUACAUUAUUCUUGUAUGUAAUGAUGUGCUACCGUAUGGUGGCUUAGUUCCUUACAAAAAAUAACUCCCUUGAACUGAGAUUGAAUUUGGUUCCCAUUCCAAAUAUUUUAAACUUUCUAGGAAUGUAAAUUUUGUAUGAAUGUUAACAUCUGAAAUUUUGUACAUAAAAAAUUUUAACGAGUUUUACAGAGUUGAGGUUUUUAGAAUAUAGAUUUGAAAACCCCAAUGAAAGAUGAAUGAAAUGGUUUUUAUUUUACUAUUUUGUAAUUUAACUUUUGGCAGGUAGAUUCAGAAUAGAUUUUUAAGUAAUGAAAAAUUUUGAUCUAAUAAGGUACUUGUUACUAUGUAUGUUUCACAGAUUUAUGUAUGUGAUUUUCACCAUUUUUAAUAAAGGUAUAUAUGUAAUGGUGUAUUUACCUGUUGCACACACUGUUCAAGUGCUAUUUGCUACUUUUCGUAAAAACAUAUGGGACUUCACUUUUACCUCCACUACAUCUUUGUUCAUACUUAUGCAAUUAUAUAACAGCUGUAAAAUAUGAAAAUGGAAUUGUAAUUUUUUAACUUUGCUUUACAUUUGCUGAGUAGUAUAAAAACACCUUGUAAAUACAACCAUAAUGUGAAGAUAUCCACAGAGUAAAGUAAGACUUCAGUUAAAUAUUUGCAUAUAGUUUCUGUAGCUAGUUUUAGUGAAGUGAAAGUUGCCAUAUCCUCAUAAUGGCAGAAUAUAUUUUGACCUAUUUGUGAACUUGGUUUCCAGAUGGAAGCUGAUCCCUGUCUAGUUGUUUACUUUGUUCCUUUUGUUGAGUGUAUAGAACCAAUAAACAUUUUCCUGAA